AUGCCGGACACGCCAGCACAUUUUCCAGCCAGUGACCCUACACAGGCUGAAGGUGAUGCAAGUGACCUUGACGAAGAAGAGCUUAUUGCUGGAUUUGAAGAUAAUGCGAAUGCCAACCAGCUCCAGCCGAUUCAAACAGACCAGCCGUUACGCCCAAAAUCAUCUCCAGCCAUUCGAAACUAUCCUACUAUAUCAAAAAAUAGACCAGCAUCUAGCCCCUUGGCAAAGCCAUUCCAACCCACACCGUCAGCAUCUCAAGAUAUAGCUAAUUUGAAAACGCGUACGACUCUCCCAUCUCGACCACAUUGCCCACCUCAUCCAUUAUCAGGACAGUGCAGCCCUACACAACCACAUCGUAAACCAAAACCACAACAUACUUUUCAAGAUAAAAACCUCGCCCAUUCAACUGAUGGCCGCGACUAUUCGUCGCGUGAACGCACCCAUCCUGGUACAUCAGAGACAUAUAGUAACGCAUCAGUGUUUUCAUCCAUCACCUCUGUAGAAAUGCACAAUACACUAUGGCCUUUAAACAAAUCGCAUGAUUCUGAUGAAAAUACAACCGCAUUUUAUAGCGAGUUUAAUACUGAUGCAGACCAGCCAGAUAGUUUGACAUGGUCACCACCAGAAUCGCCAUUGCGAACAACAGCAAGUGCAAGAACGUGUCCUAUCAACGCAUUUGAAGAAAAGGAGGCAUUGACGUACUUGGAUCAAACAGUUUUCCCCACAUUAUUAAAGGCCAUUGAAAGUGUGUUGAAGCUGGUGAAAAUGGGCAAAGACGUUGCCGAUCCAAUUGGCAUAAUUGCUUUGAAUAUUACCAAAAACAACCCGAGAUUAGCACUGGGACAACCUAAUGGAUAUGUAAAAUCCAAGUUCCUUGAAUCUGCUAUUCAACGAAUGGAAGAACCAUGCACGGCGAUCGCCAAUCAAUCCAUAUUGUCAUUCAGUCUAUCACGUCAGCAAACGUUUCGUACAAGCUCUGCAUCCAGUGUGCGAUCAAGAGCCACCUCAAGACAAUCAAGCAUAGCAGAACCCAAUAAUAUGGUCAAGAACAGCAUUAAAGUUGUUCCUCAAGAGAUUUUUGUUCAAAACAAAUUGACUCUAUGA